AUAUAUAAUGUGCCAAGCGAUUCAUUGAAGGCACGCAUCACGGUUUGGAAGAGAACGUAUGUGGUGUAGUCAAUAAAACUUUCAAAAAGUUCAAAUGUCAGAACGGUUCUCGGCGUCAGGAUUGGGUUGAUAUAUUUUUGCUCCCAGAAUCACGCUGUAUCAUUAAUUUCCUUCCAUAUAAAAUUUGUCGAUAUUAAUAAUAAUUGCUGGGAUAUUACGAAAAAAACGUGCCAUGUAUUUAUCUUUACACAGGGUGUUUCAUGAUCAAUGGUAAAACUUGGUAAAACUUCUUCGUUUAGCACAAAAGUAGAUAAUCAGAAUACAGGGUCUUCAAGUGAAAAUUCAUUGCCUGAACUAAUAACAUUUUUACAUUAAAAUGUGGAAUUAAUGUUCUUUGUUCUGAGGAGUUUGCUUUUGUACGUCGAUUAAAUAAAAAUAACUUUUUGAACCUGCAAAUAGUUAUAUCCUGUAAAUGUUGCUCUGUACAACAUUACUUUCGAGAUUAUUUCUUUAACACGUGCCCUUUUUAAAAUAUCGUUUGAAAUACUAAAUUAUCCACUGGUUACGCAUGCGCAAAGUAUUACUUUAAACGUCACCUUCAUUAAUCACGCCAAGCAUUCCCGUUACAUUCGUCAUGUGUUGUUAGCCGCCGUAAGUUUUCGGAAGACAAGAUUGAUUAAUCAACACAGUGAUGGCAUUUUGACGUUUGCCAGUUCUGAUGGUAACGUCACACGGCACUCAGUUAAUGGACUCUUGCUGUUUGUUAAAAGUCUACUUAAAAACUAAUGGCCGUAGAAAAAGAAUAAUAUGCAACAAGUUUAUAAAUUUCUUAUUACGCUCACGCCUAAACAAACUUGUGCCUAAAGUGCGUUGCACAAUAUACAAUUAAAUAAUUAAUUUUCCGAUGAAUACAAAACUUAAUAACAGUGACUUCAAUACCUUUAAAAAUGCCCGCAACAUUGGGAAAUAUUUAAGAAAAUUUGACAAAAUGAUGUUUGAAAGCGCGUGUAUUGCAUUUGUUUAAAUCGUCAAAGCAUACUAUUUGUAAAUCUAAAUGCAUUGGAAACUCUAAAUGACCGAUAUCUCGAAUAAAAAUCCCCUGAGUAACCUUUAUAAGGUAUACUCAAUGUGCGUGAAAACUACGUACUAUGUACGAAAGAGUUAUUGUUAUUUAAUCGAGGUAUGAUCUGUUCGUAGAUAUAAGAAAGUGACCAAUUGCUUUUGGAUGGGAUUAUCCAAGGGUGGUCAUUAACAUACAAUGCAACAAGAUUAUUUCCUAAAGUUUCGGAAUUUAAAUUCAGGUAAAAUUGUGGUCCGUAAUAGAAAAUAAUUUUAUACCUACCUGUGUUUAAUAUUCUUUGGUUUGGUAUACUACUUAGUUUAAGUUUAUUAGUAAUCAUUCUUAUUCCGUGUGUAAUACAUCGUGUGUUGAAUCGGAUGCGAAUUAUGCAACAUAUGUGCGAGUCUAGUGUAUCUCAGAAGAUGGUCCCUCCCAAAUGUAGAAAACGCUAUUCUUUUGAGACUAAGGAAGUUAUAGACAAUGUUUAUUUAACUCCCAUUGAACGUGGUGCCAGCAAGCAAGCAUCUUUAUAAGAAACGGCCACAUUGACGAAAAUUGUGAAUAAUCCUAUUUCAUCGAGGAAAAAAGAAGCGAUGUUGACAUUUUCUCGUGUGUAGAUGAAAGUGUUCCAGAUAUAAUACGGCCUAAAAUUUACCAGUUGUACGAGGAACAAAGCAUGCCUACAUUAAAUAUCUUAAUUAGGAGGCUUGCAAAGACGAAACCGGUGUUAAAUGUGGCAGAACUACCUUAUGGAAGUGUAUUCAACACAUGGGUUUUAGAUUUAAAAAAAUUGGCACAAGGCAAGUUUUAAUGGAAUCUUUUAAAAUUCGGAAAUGGCGAUUGGAAUAUCUAGAAAAAAUUAGGAUUUACAGAGAAUAACAAAAGCCAAUUAUUUACUUGGAUGAAAGCUGGUUCGACACUUAUGAUACCCCGGAAAAGGGUUGGAUUGACUCAACUCAUAAGUUUAAAACAGACGCGCCAUCAAAAAGAGGUAAAAGAAUUUUGAAUGCUGGCUCUAAAGAUGGUUGGAUUCCAAAUGGACUUUCUCUGUCUGCGGAAAAUAUUAAAGGAUUCUUCUCUGGACUACCAGGGAGACACCACCGCUGAUUUAUUUGAAAGUUGGUUUAAAAACAAACUAGUUCCAAACAUUCCUCGUAAUUGCGUAAUUGUAAUGGACAAUGCAAGUUAUCUCGGUAGACAGUUGACUAAAACCCCUUCCUCAUGUGACACAAAAGCAACAAUCCAAAACUACAUGUAUAAUAACGACAUUUAUUUUCACGAAGAUUAUACCAAAAAGCAAUUAAUUUAGGUUCUACAAAGCUUGAACCUACAAAAGGAAUACGUCUGUGAUAAUUAUGCAUAAAAUCUAGGGCAUACAGUUUUAAGGCUUCCACCUUACCACUGUAUAUUUAAUCCUAUUGAACAUGUUUGGCACCAACUGAAAUCUGCCAUUCGUGGUAACAAUGUUUUUCCCCGUGUUAACUCCAAUGUCCUCAAACUUAUAGAAACCGAAGUUUUUAUCAUCCCUCCACAAAGUUGGGCAAAUUCUGUUAAACAUAUAGAAAAAGCAGAGCAAUCGUAUAUCCAUAUUGCAAAUAAUAUAGAACAAAUAAUAAUUGGAACAGGCGAUGAUGGCGAUAGUGAUACUGAUAUAUUAUGUGAAUAAUUUUAAGUAAUUUAAGUAGGUAAUAAAAAUAAUUUUUAAUUUUAUUUUAGAUUUAAACAUAAAUACAUCUUUCCUAACAAAACACCAAAUAAUUAAAUUAUAAGCAAAGUACGGACCUGUUCGGCCAUAUUUCAUUCUUACAGCUUUCUUAUAUCUAUGAACAGACUUUACCGCAUAGAACACACUCUGCGAUCUAAAUUGAAAUUAUUGCUAAAUCAAUAUUCCGCGUCCUAAAACAGAAAGCAAUUUCGAAUUUUCGUGCAUUAAUAUUAUUUCAGAAUUAAAUUAAAUUAAAUUAAUUUUUUCUACUCCCUUCUGUAAAAUACCUAAUUAUACACCGACCUAGCAUAUGGAAAGCGUCACCUUACCACGUGAUCCCACGGAUCCGAGACCGGAUAUUUCCGCGAUAUUACCGCACGGGUUCGGGAGCAAUCGGAUUUUUUCGGAGAUUUUACCGCAAGGCUUAAAUUUCCACGUUUGUCAAUUCUGACGCACAUGUCAGUGAAUGCAUUCGUGUUGUUUUGCAAAAAUGUGCUCAAAAAUUAACGGUCGUAGACAAAGUAUAGUAAGCAACACAUUGGGUCACUCGUUUAUCCGCUGCGCGCUUUUACCUCAUUUGUUGCAUAAUGUACUAAUACAUUGCUAAUUAUAACAAGAGCUUUACCAGCGAACUUUUGGAAAUAACUUUGGACCGUGUCCUUACAUACCUAAUUUUCGAAUAUAAUCAAAUAAAGUAGGCAUAUCGUUGAAAAUAAAAUAAAUAAAGAAUUCCCAUAUCCGCAAUAUAAUAUUUUCUUGCAUUUAAUAAAAUAUGAUAAAUUAUAAAAAUACCGAUACGGAGAUCGGAUUAAAAUUCACGCUUAAUUUACCUUUAUACUUGUAUGCUUGUAGCUUAAAUCUCAUAUAUAAAGGAGCAGCCUUGAUAAGCCGUAAAUAAAAUUUCAUAUUUUUAUCUAAAACGGUUGACAGAUAUUUUUUUUAUUGUAGAUGUUCUUCGCAAAAUUUUCUACAAAAUAUUUUUUAUCUGAAAAACACUUCAAGGAAGCGAUAAUAUGUGUCACAUUAAAAGUUUCAAAAUUUUUCAUAGAAUCCAAAAAUGAAGUUGCAUUGAAAUUGAAAUAUCUUUAUUCAUUCUCCAUAUCCUUCUAUAUGAAGCUUUAAAUCAGAUAGAUGCCAAACCGACCAGUUGGACCAUAAAAAAUGUUUUAAAUAUAAACUUCCAGCAAGUAGAGCGUGCGUAGCUUUUUAUGUAUUUAUUGAUUAACUUUCUGCCGUAUAAUUUUACAAAAUUUUAUAUUUAGUGUAAACUACUUAAUUUCACCAUACCCACAAAUUUUAUCUAUAAUGAAAAAAUUCGCUCAUUUUCAUUUUUUGUCGCAAUGCGCUUUUCGCCAAAAUAUGCAAAUUGACCAUUAUCGGUCAUUUUGAUUGACUUAUGCAAAUACGUUCGAUUAUUUGCGCGUGUCUUAUCUUAUAUUAUAAAACAAACAACAAAAGAUUCGAACGAAUUUAAUACGCUUAUCGCACGACUUGUUUGAAGCUUCCCCAUAUGUAUAUAUAACACGCGUCUUGAGUCAAUUUUAGUCAAACUAACCAAACUUAAUGAAAGUUAUUGGACAAGAUGUCGAGGGUGGUAUUUAUCAGUAUACUUGUAUGGUCGAUAUGUCUGUCAGUCCAGUGCAAUAAGUUUCGGACGUAUUUUCGAUGGAAUUACAUUGACUUUGAUUGGCAGUCGGAAGUUCAAAGAAAAGAGUUUGGCUACGUACCUGGCGAGGACGUAAUCACCGGUAUUAAAGUAUACAGAGAUACAGUUUAUUUAACGCUUAUUCGAAACAAAACGUCGGCCAGGGUAACGCUAGCUACAGUGUCUCUAAAAGAUGAUAAACACAACCCCCUACUGAAACCCUAUCCCAAUUGGGACUUUAAUAGCGGACAAUCUUGUUCAUCUUUACUGGACGUACUUAGUGUAGAAAUCGACCCGAACGGAGUACUGUGGGCGCUGGAUGGUACGCGAAGAUCUAACUUGACACAGUGCCCUGGAAAGUUAAUGUUAUUCGACACAAACGACAACGGAAAAUUGAUCCAAACAUAUAACUUUCCAGAAGAGAUUUGUGCCAUUAACAAGAGAUGCUUCCUCGAUGAUUUAGUAGUCGAUGGCGAUUGGGCGUUUAUCAGUGAUAUUACGGCAGUGGAUCCAGGAAUCGUGGUAUAUAAUAGGUUCCUCAACAAAUCCUGGAAAGUUCGCGACAAAGCUACUAUGAGAGCUGAUCCGUUGGCAUUCAAUUUUACACUCCAUGGGGUACGAAAUAUUAUGUUUGGCAACAUUAAUGGUAUUGCCCUAUCUCCGGUAACUACCAAUCCGAGAUUAUUGUAUUAUACGCCACAAAUGUCAUUCCACAUUUACUCAAUACCCACUACAAUUUUGAAGCAGGAAAAUGUAGCCAUUGGAAACGUUAGUCAAUACGUCACAAAUCACGGGAGAAAGAAAGGGGCUACAGACGGUAUGAUUUGUGAUUCAGAAGGUACGAUAUAUUUUGGAUUGUCACCUCUGGACCAGAUAAACAAAUGGGAUACCUCGGAGCCCUUAGAUGACUCAGAAGUCAUCGAACGAAACUCUAGAACGUUGAUAUGGCCAGAUGGGUUCGGCGUUUAUGGCGGUUACAUCUACGUAGUUACCAAUGACAUGCUUAAGUUUAGGGAGGUGGGAAUUAAUAUUACCGAUAUUAAUUUUAGAGUUAUGAGGUACCGUUCCGGUACUAGAAGUUACAUGUAUCCAACAGAUUUGUAAUAUGAUUAUUCUUCUAGUAACCUCCAGACAUCUAUAAAAUUUUGAUACGUAUAAUUUCGUAAGAAAUUUCAGCGGUGCGAAUGAAAAAUAUGUUCUUUUAAACCAUUCCUGAGCGCUUUGCCAACAUUCUUGAAAAGUAAUUUUUAAAUUAAUUUUCAAACAAAACAAGAAAUAAUUAAAAUAUUUUUUUUCUAUUUUUUUUUAUUUUCUAUAGCAAAUUAUUUCAUGAUAAUCAUUUUGUUUCCAAGAUCCUUAGGCCAUAUUUAAAGUCAUAGUCGUAAGAGUCAGAAGCGCUUUAUAAAAAGUAGCGAAUAGUUCAUUUUAGUGUUCCAAAUCAAAAGUUUUAAAAGUUUUAUCAAAACAUAUGAUGUUAAAUCAAUUUCUUCUAGUCAUUAAUAUUUCGAUUUUAGGUUUCGUUGCCUUACUUAUAGUAUUUUUCUACUCGGAAAUAUUAUUCCCUACUUGAAUUUUGACGUUUGUUAAUUCUCAUACUGUCAAGUCAUCAAUAUAAGAAACCGUGAAAUUUAGUAGUGUUGUUUAUUGUGAUCUUUAGAAUUAAUUAAAUUAAAAAUAUGAAAUGCAUUGGCGUACCGAGAAGCACACUAUCACAUAUUUUUAACGGAAAAAAAAUGCGCGAUUGACUUUUUUACUGGUUUUAUUUUUUUGUCAAAUUAAGCAAUUAAAAAUACACUUCGUUUGUGUUUUUGUGUUGCAUUUUUCUCGUAUCUUGCUUUAUUUUCGAGAAAAGUAAUAAAAACCAAUUUAUUGCAUGUCGCUGGCCUCUUAUCGCUACAUAGCAAACCGCUAAAUUCCAAGGAAAUUGCAUAAAGGUUAUUAAAGGUAUCAAUAAAAAAACCGAUUAAAAUUUGUUGCCAAUUAGGGACAUACAAUAAAUUGUUUUUUUCUUCUCGAAAACAAAGCAAAAGUUUUUAAAAGCUUGACACUCUGCAUUUUGAAAAUUAUGAUUUUCGGACCGAUGUACAGAUAAAAAAAUGUUCUUAGUUUUUCAUGUAGAUUCUGAAAUUACUCGAACAUUAUUUCCAGACAUCAUAUAAAAUAACUGAUACCGUAGCAAUAUUCAUGACUCACCGUUUGAAAUGCAUACGCACAUUGAUAAGACGAGGAAAGUACAUUUACAGGCUCGAAUCCUCGUAAUACACUGGUUCACCUGAGCAAAUUUUCAAUUUAAUACUUUUACUCUAUUUGAGAUUUUUGUCAACUUAGAAGUGAUACUUUGUGCAGAUCUUAUAUCCAAAUAACUAAGCAUAACUAUGUAUCUAAAACUGUUCUAAAACUAUUUUAUAAAUUUACCUUUGACGAUGACAGCUGAAAAUUAUUAUCCAAGUUGUGAAAUAUUUUUGUAUUGUUUUGCGUAAUGUAUUAGUUCGUUCCUAUUGUUUAUCCGAAAAUUUGCAUUAAUUAUAAUAAUGUUAAAAUAAAACUCUUGUCGUGAUAUACGAUUUUCGUUUUAAGAGGAGAAACUACAAAAAGGGCUUUUCAAAGAUAGAGAAGGAUGUGUC